AUGUAUCCAUAUUCAACGUCGCUUGAAUUCCUAAUUCUCAAAAGACCAACGGUCAAUCUUCCGACUGUUCCGAUCGACACUUCUACCUGGAGAAUUCCAAAGGUCACUCUUGCUGAUCCCCGCUUCCACGUUCCAUCUGACAUAGAUAUGGUUGUCGGUGGUGAAACCUAUCACGAGCUACACACCGGCAACAAGGUUUCCAUUGGAGAAGAUCUUCCAUACUUAAUAGAGACAGUAUUCGGAUGGACUGUCUCAGGAAGGACUUCUGUCAACACACCCAACACUCCACAAGUUUGCCAUCUCACGACUGUCGAUCGGAACCUAGAAAAUAAAGCGAGCUUACCAAACCAACCCAUUCCAGAACCAUACCCAUCCACAUCCACCGCAGUUGGACCUCACGUCAGUAUGACGGUACAAUCCAUGCCAGUUCACAGCAUCGUGCUGUUGGAAACAGUGGUCGUUAAAGUUGUUGAUCAACAUGGUAAAGAAUACUCCGCACGCGCACUCCUUGAUUCGGCAUCCAUGUGCAACUUCAUGACGAAAAGGCUCGCCAACACACUCAAUCUUCGUCGUAGAAAGAUUGAAAUAUCAGUAUCAGGUAUUGGUGAAUCCACGAAACAUAUCAAGAGCAAACUAACUGCUACGAUCCGAUCUGACAUGUAUCCAUAUUCAACGUCGCUUGAAUUCCUAAUUCUCAAAAGACCAACGGUCAAUCUUCCGACUGUUCCGAUCGACACUUCUACCUGGAGAAUUCCAAAGGUCACUCUUGCUGAUCCCCGCUUCCAUGUUCCAUCUGACAUAGAUAUGGUUGUCGGUGGUGAAACCUAUCACGAGCUACACACCGGCAACAAGGUUUCCAUUGGAGAAGAUCUUCCAUACUUAAUAGAGACAGUAUUCGGAUGGACUGUCUCAGGAAGGACUUCUGUCAACACACCCAACACUCCACAACUUUGCCAUCUCACGACUGUCGAUCGGAACCUAGAAAACGCUUUGCAGAAAUUCUGGGAGCUAGAAACCGUCGAACAGUGUUCCCCCCUUUCCACCGAAGAAAAACGUUGUGAAGAAAUAUAUGCCACUACCACCACUCGCGAUUCGUCCGGUCGUUAUGUCGCUCGCUUGCCUCUCACCCUAGAUCCGCUCAUCCCCCUCGGCGAAUCCCGAUCCAUUGCCGAACGCCGUUUUAUAAGUCUGAAGAAAAGACUCGAGCGAGAUCCGACCACCAAGGAAGCUUACUGCCGCUUCAUCAACGAGUACGCCAGCCUCAGCCACAUGAAAAGAAUCUCCGAUCCAGUAGAUGACACCAAAGCACACUGCUACCUUCCCCAUCACCCAGUAUUCAAGAAUACUAGCUCAACUACGAAACUUAGAGUGGUUUUUGAUGCAUCCUGCAAGACAUCGUCCGGAUAUUCCAUGAAUAACAAGCAACUUGUUGGACCUACUGUUCAGCAAGGCCUACUGUCGAUCGUUAUGAGAUUCCGCACUCACCCAAUCGCCAUCGUAGCCGACAUCGAGAAGAUGUAUCGGCAGAUUCUUCUACAUCCUGAUGAUCGUUCGUAUCAACGUAUUUUGUGGCGUUCGUCUCCGGCAGAACCUAUCGCAACGUACGAACUCCACGUGACGUACGGCUUCGCCUCCGCGCCAUUCCUGGCAACACGCACCCUUCAAAAGGUUGCACAGGACGAAGGCAAGAAAUAUCCUGUUGCAGCCAAAGUGGCAGUAGAAGACUUCUAUAUAGAUGAUCUCUUGUCUGGAGCAGUUGAUAUCCAAUCCGCAAUCCGUCUACGCCGAGAGCUUUCCACCAUGCUUCUGUCGGCUGGACUACCCUUAAGAAAAUGGGCAUCGAACAACCCUGCAGUCCUAUCCGAUGUAGAUCCUGAACACCUCGCUAAUUCACCGUAUCACGAACUCCAAGAACCGCAAUCAGUGUCAACGCUCGGACUUGUUUGGGAACCAACGUCAGAUUCAAUGCGUUUCAACGUCCAAUUACCAUUACCAGCGCAGAUCCUGACGAAGAGAAAGAUUAUGUCAUAUAUUGCACGCAUUUUCGAUCCGCUGGGACUUGUGGGACCGAUCACCACCGUUGCCAAGUUGUUCAUGCAGAAGUUGUGGUCUCUGAAAACAGACUCAGGUGACCCAUACGAAUGGGAUCGUCCGCUUCCUCAACGCCUCGAAAAUGACUGGAGGCAGCUCCAUAGCACGUUAGAUUCCAUAUGCAACAUCACUGUUCCCAGAUUCGUCUCGCAGUCGAGAGCAACAUCCGUACAACUACAUUUCUUUUGUGACGCUUCGGAGAAGGCGUACGGGGCGUGUUGUUACGUCCGAUCAGAAACUACCACGGGAAUCUCCAUACAACUCUUGACAGCAAAAUCCAAGAUUGCGCCGCUCUCCUGUGUUCAAACAGUCGCAAGGUUGGAGCUUUGUGCGGCGGUCCUAUCAUCCAAUCUGUACAAGAAGGUCGUGAGCUCAGUGAGCCUGUCUACAGAUGCCUAUUUCUGGACAGAUUCGCUAACCGUCCUUCAAUGGCUGAAAUCCUCUCCAAGUAAAUGGAAGAUAUUCGUUGCGAAUCGCGUCUCAACUAUCCAAACAAAUACCGAGGUUUCGAGAUGGCGACACGUACCAGGAAUAAGCAGCCCCGCCGACAUUAUUUCUCGAGGUUGUAGCCCGACAAACCUCAUCAAUUGCUAUCUGUGGUGGAACGGACCAUCAUGGCUAUCCCUCCCAUCAACCCACUGGCCUCAGACGGAAUUUCCAGCCAUCGAAACGUCGAAUGUUCCCGAAGAGCAAACCAGGGUCGCACUCUCUGCAAAUACAGCCGUCGAAACACAAUUCUCCGAUGCACUGUUCAUCCGAUUCUCCAGCUAUACUAAGCUUCGCCGUGUUGUCGCAUACUGGAUGCGGUAUUUCUCCGUAUUGAAGACCGCAACUCUCAAGAAACAACGUGAGGAGUUUACCUUCCUGACUUCCAUUGAUCUACGUGAUGCAGAAUUGUCAUUAUGCCGCAUGGCACAGCGUGAGAUGUUCUCCAAAGAAUUACUGAACCUUACCUCAGGAAAAUGUAUUCCCAAAUCCAACGCACUGAAAUGGUUAAGUCCGCAUGUUACCACAGAUGGUAUUAUAAGAGUCGGUGGGAGACUCAGUAACACGAGGCUACCUGUAGACCAUAAGCAUCCAAUUGUGCUGUUAGCUAAGCACCCUCUUUCCAUUUUGCUGGUAGAUUACUACCAUAGAAGUUUGCUACAUGCUGGUCCUCAACUGAUGUUAGCAACAAUUCGUCAAAAGUUUUGGAUCAUCGGUGGUCGCAAUUUAGUUCGUCGUAUCUAUCACCAAUGCCAUGCGUGCUUCCGCAAUAAACCCGUUUUGAUUCAACAAACCAUUGCCGAUCUACCGUCCAGUCGUGUAACUCCUACCAGACCUUUUUCUGUGUGCGGGGUGGAUUAUUGUGGGCCCGUUUUUAUUAAAUCUCCAGUACGCAACAGGUCACCAACGAAAGCAUAUAUUGUCAUUUUUGUGUGCUUCUCAACGCGCGCAGUCCAUAUUGACUUGGUAUCCGACCUAUCAACGCCAGCUUUUCUGGCUGUAUUACGACGUUUUGUUGCUCGCCGUGGCAGAAUGAAAGAGAUCCACAGCGAUAACGGAACCGCUUUUAAGGGAGCGGCGAAUGAACUCAACCGAAAUUACCGAAUGCUGAAAUCUGACCAGGAAGGGCGGAAACAAAUACUUGACUGGUGUGCAGAAAAUGAAAUAAUUUGGCGAUUCAUUCCUCCACGGGCUCCCCACUUCGGAGGACUGUGGGAAGCAGCCGUGAAAUCAGCCAAGAAGCAUUUGUUGCGAGAAAUUGGUAAAACCAGCGUCAGUUUCGAAGAUAUGGUAACAUUACUCGCGCAAACAGAAAUGUGUCUGAACUCGAGACCAUUAGUACCAAUCCCAACAGAUCCAUCUGAUUUGGAGGUACUUACUCCAGGACAUUUCCUGGUUGGGACCAAUAUGCAGGCAAUUCCGGAUAUAAACGUCAAGGAUGUUCCAGACAAUCGCCUGACACACUGGGAGUUGACUCAGAAACGAUUCCAGCAGAUCUGGUCUAGAUGGUAUCCCGAAUACCUCCAACAACUGCAAACCCGAGCUUCGAAAGGAUGCAAUCCUCCAAUCCAAAUUGAAGUUGGACGUGUCGUACUGCUUAAGGACGAAAAUUUGUCACCCAUCCAAUGGCCGCUUGCGAGAAUCACCAAGGUUCAUCCUGGUAAGGAUGGAAUCAGUCGAGUUGUCACCUUAAGGACAGAAACUGCGGAUGCCGUAUUGAGACCUGUCGCUAAAAUCGCCUUAUUGCCGUUAUCUGAACCCUACAAUACAGUGGUUGCAGCAUCGAGUUCCAGCGAAGGAUCCGGGUAG